CUAGCCUCCUUUGUUUCUCGUUCUCUAAUAUUUCCUUUAAUCUUCUUUGUGGUUUUUAGGGUUUCUCUACGUAAAAAAAUGGCAUCUGCAGAGAUCGAGUAUAGGUGCUUCGUCGGCGGCCUCGCCUGGGCCACAACCGACCAAGCCCUCCACGAAGCCUUUAGUGCCUACGGCGACAUCCUUGAAUCGAAGAUCAUCAACGAUCGUGAGACUGGUAGAUCUCGCGGUUUUGGAUUUGUGACUUUCAACAACGAGAAAUCGAUGAGGGAUGCUAUUGAAGGGAUGAACGGCCAGAAUCUCGACGGCCGUAAUAUUACUGUGAACGAGGCUCAGUCCCGCGGAAGCGGUGGAGGCGGUGGCGGCGGCGGCGGCGGUGGUUAUAGCCGUGGUGGAGGUGGUUACGGAGGAGGUGGUCGUCGGGAGGGUGGAUAUGGAGGCGGUGGAGGUGGUUACAACCGCGGUGGCGGUGGCUAUGGCGGCAACGGUGGCGGCGGCUACGGUGGUGGUCGGGACCGCGGAUAUGGUGAUGGUGGAUCUCGUUAUUCCAGGGGAGGUGGUGCCUCUGAGGGUAACUGGAGGAAUUAGAAUUUAGGUUUCGUGAGUUUAUGUACUGGGUUUGAGUUUGGGUUCUAUGAUUCUCUUUUGGUGCUCUUUAGUUUGGUUUCGUCCAAUCUGGUUUGGGUCUGUUCAAUGAACAUGUAGAUCAUUUUUGAUCGAUGAAUACUAUAUGUUUGUCUGUUCUCUUUAGUCAGAAGAUAUAAAAGAUUUAGAUCUUUGAUGUCAUGUUUA